UUCAUCUAAAUUUCAUGGCUACGUUGGAAGCCACAAACUCCAAAGCAAACAUCGAAAUUAACAACAGCCUCAAUUUGCAUCAUCAAACUCUCACACACACAAAUCCCUCUUCUCUCUCAAACACACACAAAUCUCUGUUCUUUCUAACACAGAGACAAAUGAAAAGCUAACAAUAUCUUUAGCAACAAAACCAUUGAGAAUUACUCAAAGCCAUGGCUUUUCUCCUUCCCAACCUUCAACCUUCCCUCUUAGCCCAAUCCAAAUCCAAAGACAAAUCAAACCUUCACCAAAACCAAACUCUCUCACCUCAAAAACCCACUUCUCACUUCCCCCUAUCUUCUUCCUCUCUCCAUGCUUCCACUGCACAAGUUGCACAGCUCAGCACAACACAAGACAAUAAGCACCCAAAGGAUGAAUUCUACCUCAACCUUGGUCUUGCUGUCAGGACCAUACGUGAGGACCUUCCUUUGAUCUUCAUCAAAGACCUUAACUAUGACAUUUAUAGGGAUGACAUAACAUUCAUGGACCCCAUGAACACAUUUACAGGGAUUGAUAAUUACAAAUUGAUCUUCUGGGCAUUGAGGUUUCACGGCAAAAUCUUGUUUCAUGAGAUUGCACUUGAUGUGUACAGGGUGUGGCAGCCUUCAGAGAAUGUGAUAUUGGUGAGGUGGAACCUUAGGGGAGUGCCAAGGGUUCCAUGGGAAGCCAAAGGAGAGUUUCAGGGCACUUCAAGGUACAAAUUGGACAGAAAUGGCAAAAUUUAUGAACACAAAGUUGAUAACUUGGCAUUCAAUUUCCCACAGAACAUUAAACCAGUUUCAGUUUUGGAUUUGGUAAGAGCAAGCCCUGCAAGUCCAAAUCCUACAUAUUUGUGGGGUCCUGUUGACUCCUACUCUUCAUGGAUAGCCUUUUACAAGGCUGUUAGGGAGACAUUGGAUCAAGAAGGGAGUUUGCUCCUACAAGAUGGUUUAGCUACAUGUUCAUAGCUAGGUAUAAAUAUGAUGAAUAUUUGUUCUGCUGCAUAAAGUGGUUUAUCUUCAAGGAAAAGAGUGUAUAUAGAUAGGCAGGGAUGAAAAAAAUGAAAACUUUGUUGUUUGGAGGAAAUGGGGAUUCAUAUGUUUUGUUAGCUUAUACAAAUGAUGAUAUAUAUCUAUUGCAGUUA